AUGGAUCCGUAUGAAGCUGCUCGAUUGUGGAAAGAAUUUAUCGAACCAUUAAGACAACAAGGAAUACGUUUAGGCCCACCGAAUAUUUCAAGUUGUCACAUUGAUUUUCUUGCUUUACAUUGGUAUGGUCAUGGAGUAGAUAACUUUAUUAAUUAUAUAAAUAAUGCUCGACAAAGAUUAGGUUCUCAAUAUCCUGUUUGGAUAACUGAAUUUGCUUGUACUUCUUGGAAUGCUAAUGAAUCUUUUCCGCAAGAUGAAAUUAAUCAAUUAUUUGAUCAGAGUUUAACUCGUUUAGAUGAAUUACAUUGGAUAGAACGAUACUCAUGGUUGGGAGCUAUGCGAUGUUUACCCGCAAUCGAUAUCUAA